AUGAAUCUGAGCCGUAUGCGCCCAAAGUUUACUGAGGAUGAGCGACAAUCCAUCAUUCAGCAGCCGGCCAAGCGACGUACCGAAACUAUGGGAAAACAACAAAUACUACCAACAAGAUCUCGCAGGGCUUCCCGGCUAUCCGACAAAGUCCUGGAGCAGCCAGCAAGAGCGGCCAUUACAGUAUUAUUGGAAUUGAACGAUGGUCACACAAAUCUCGCUCAGGAUUCUCUCAGUCGAGAUGCCAGAAUGUUUCUCAACCGGAGCCGGGAGUUUCGAAGCCUGCUACAACCUACACCGACGUCCACUGAGCUAGUGGAAUAUGCUCUGGGUCUCUCGUCCAUGCUUAUGGAGAAUUAUGCCAAAAUGAUCUUUUAUGAUCUCAGUUAUGCUACUCGUCUCAAGCUAGCCAUUAUUGUUUGGCAUUUCGAUGAUGACCCAGAGCAUAUCCGCGCAUUCCUCCGAAGUCCGAUCAGUAAGAGGGUAUGGGAAAGUCUUUAUGCCGAUUACCUAAACUAUAGUCAGCAAGAUGUUCCCUAUCUUACUUUCAUACAAUCCUUUGACUUCUUGUUAUCGCGACAACUCCCAAAGCGUCAAGCUACUUCGGAAGCUAAGAAGUGUGAAAACUAUCUCCCACAAGCUCUUACUGCACAGAGACACCACCCGACGUCCGUCCCACAGUCGCAGUCGACCAGACUUCCAUCCCUAUCUCCACGCCUGGAUGCGGACGUUCGUAUUAAGUUGCCACCACUUCGCAAAGUAAUUGAAGGCCUUUUUCCGGGUCCUGAAAAUGCAGCAUCCCGCAAACCCUCCUCUUCGACGCUCGGUCAUGAUUCUACACUUCAACCAAUAUCUGAUUUCAAGAAGCAUCCGUGUACAACAAACAACAAGCUUACCAUGAACGACCAAAACACCCUUAGGAGGUUGAGACAGAGAAAAGAUGCCAAUCUCGAAGUGAAAUCCAAGAAUCAAGAUUCACAACUGUGA